AUCGCACGGCUGCGCACGGUUCACUCCGAUGCGUAGAGCACAGCCUAGCAGCAGCGGUGUUCAGAGAUGGCGAUCAGUCGCGGACAAGCUUGUGCCUACCGCCUCCUGCUCCGCACGUUUCCAGCACCUUUCUAGAAGGCCAUCAGUUGCCGUCCACGCAAGUGGAGUGCGGGCGCGCUGGUGCAUAGAUGUGGAGUACGGUCACAAACAGACGGUUACCGCGCUGCUGCAGGAGUGGGUGGCGGACGUUGGGGCGCUGGCUGGGCUGACCCACACCAACACCCGCCUCAGUAGCGGCUCUGUGGGCGUGGCGGAAUCGCGACUGGAGCUAGAGGUCACCUUUCCCUCGCUGUCCGAGUGGGAGCACUUCCUGGCGGCCAUUCCAGCUAAGGAACACAGGGCUUGGAGCCAGCGGGUGCAGGGUAUGAUUGUGGGGGGCUCCCCGCGCUGGGAGCUGUUCCGGGCAGUCCCGGCGUUCCCGGACGGACAAGAGCAGGCAGCCGCGGCCGCCGCGGCGCCCGCCAGCAGACCCCUGCUCGCCCUGCCCACCGCCUCCACUCAGCCCGCAUCCCGGGCCGCUGUCGAUUCGGUUCCCGUAACAGCCAACGGAAACGGUGUCUCUGCCCCUGGUCCGACCAGCCCGGCCGGCGGCAGUAGUAAUGGCGGUGGGCUGUCCAUCAUCGAUAGCCCGCAGGACGCCGAGGUGGUCCUCGACUGGAAGGGAGAGCCCAUGAAGGUGAACCCCGGCGACAAGCUGCCUUUCAAGUUCCUGUGA